AUGGAAAAUACUUUUUUUGUUGUAUUACCUAGCAAUGUCAGUGAUUAUUCAGACAAUAAACCUAAUAAAUUUCGAUCACAUUUGGCAAAACCUAUCCAAUUCCAAGGCGGGAAUUGGGUAUGCGGUCUAUAUAGCAUUCAAUAUCCUCAGUCAUGGGCUGCAACGAUUGGAACGGAUGAAAAACAAUGGAUUGAAAUUAACUACAAUAAAGAAAAACCUUUCAGAACCGGUAUACCCAAAACAACACAAUUAACACCUAAAGGGUUGAGCUUCUUUCUUAAAUUAGCCCUAUCAAAAGAUAAUAUAAAAAAAUCAAGAAAACGAAGAGAAGUUACUACGGACACUGAUGAUUUAAUUAUUACUUCAGAAAUUAUUCAUAAAAAAUCGCCCUCUAAGAAAAGAUUUAAAAGACAAACAACUGCUAGUCGUAGUGAGUUGAAAUGGAUCGAGACUUUCUUUGAACAAUACCCGCAAAAUUAUUGGGACGCAAUUCGUGAUUUAGAAAGUGACCUUGAAAGUCAUAAGGUUAUUGUUGAGGCAAAAACAAAAGAACAUCAAAGUGAGACGGAUAAUGAAAAGAAAGAAGAACUUAAAGGUGAACUAGAUCAUUUAACCUCGCUAUCAGAGAGUAAAAAGAGAGAUGUUUUUCUGUUAAGAGAAGAAGCGAACAAGAGAGAUGAUCAGGGAGAUCUACAACUUGCAAAGGAUUUUUUAGAAAGUCAUCCUGACGAUUAUCACGAACAGAUAAUUACAAUGAGCAUAAAUUUAAUUACGAGAUAUCUUGAACUUGAAAAGAAAAUUAAGGAAAGCAAGGAAGGUGAUGAAAAUUCGCAGAUUCGCUCUACUCAAGAAAUACAAAGGUUUAGAAAUUCAAUAAAACGUAUGAGAAAAAAUUUGGAGGCACUGGAAUCUGCUGUAAUAGAAAAGGAUCUGAAUACAACAAGGGAAGAAUUUCAUCAACAAAAUUCAAAAACUCAUAGAGAAUAUGUUCAACAAUUUUUUGUUGAACAUCCAACAGAUUACUGGAAUGUACUCGGGAAAAAUUUAAAUGAUUUGAAAGAAUUACAUGGCCAGAUACGUCAAAAGAGAGAUGCACAUAUGCAAGAACAAGAUGAAGAGAAAAAGAAUAAACUUAGUGGUGAUAUAGAACAGUUAAAUAAAUUAGCUACAUAUAGAAAAAACAGGUUUAGAGCAAUACAACAAGAGGCAAUGAAGCGUGCGGUAAAUUAUGAAAUUCCUAUUAUACCAACAAAUGAUGAAAUAAAAGAAAUGCAAAAAAUUGAAGAAAGGACCCAUCCUGAAUAUUUAAAACACGCUCGAAGAAUAGAUGAUCAAGGAAGGCCAAUACCUAUUCCCCCACCCGUAAUUACUGAGGAAAUGAUAGAUGUAGUUAAAGAGAGACAUAACUAUGAGCAAGAGAAAGAAAAAAAGAAAAGUGAAAUAGACAAGAAAAAGGAACAGGAACGGCAAGAUAUCUUGGAUUUAGACUCACUACAAUCAGAAAUAAUUACUCCAGAGAUAUUUGAGGAACAACAAUUAGAGGAAACCCCAGAAGAAAAAAACCAAACAUUGAAUUUGAAUAUUUGGAGAGCAUCGAUCGUUUCCGAGCGCAGUUUAAUGAUCCAGAAAUAA